AUGCCUCCCCCAAAGGUCGAUACAGAAGCCCCUCCCGUCCCCGAAACCACUCCCUCCUCCCGAACCUCCGGCAGCGACGCCGGCGACAGCCCCGGCUCCGGUCCCAACAACACCAAAAACACCUCCACUCCCACCGGCGGAGGAGGCCGGGCCUCGACCGCCGCCCUCCUCCGCAACCCGCUCGUCAGCCUCACGCACGAUGAGAUCCUCAAAGACGCAGACGCCUUCACCGAGACAAAGGGCCUGCAGGAACACCGCGAGGUCUUUCGCAAGGGCGCUCUGGUCGCGCAGGUGAUUAACCGCCCCGACGGCUUCGAGUCCGUAGCCGCUCUCGACGAAGAAGAGAAGGCUGUUCUGCGGAAGGAGGUCUCGCAUCGUUGGCAUCAGCCUACGUCGCUCUACUUUUUGUGUGCUCUCUGUGCGGGCUCGGCUAUUGUUCAGGGCAUGGAUCAGACAGCCGUCAAUGGCGCCCAGGAAUUCUACUACGAGACGUUCGGUCUCCAAGACGACCCGACAAUGCAGGGACUCGUCAACGGCGCGCCUUACCUCUGCUCCGCCCUCGUCGGGUGCUGGAGCUCGCCCAUUUUGAACAAAUACACCGGCCGCCGCGGUACAAUUUUCAUCUCGUGCUUCAUGUCCGUCGUCACCGGCUUCUGGAUGGCUGCCGCAGAUAGUUGGUACAACCUCCUCAUCGCACGCUUCUUCCUCGGUUUCGCAGUCGGCGCGAAGAGCAGCACCACGCCCGUGUACUCUGCCGAGAGUACGCCCAAGACUAUCCGCGGUGCAUUGACGAUGAUGUGGCAGAUGUGGACAGCCUUUGGCAUCGCUUUGGGCUUCAUCGUAUCCGUCGCCUUCGCCAACACGGAUUUCCUCGGACCAAACACGCAAUGGCGCUGGAUGCUGGCUAGUACCUCCGUGCCGCCCCUCAUCGUCAUGGUACAGGUCUACUUCUGCCCAGAGAGUCCACGGUGGUACAUGGAGAAGGGCAAAUACCAACACGCCUUCCGAUCGACGCUCCGGCUACGACACCACCCAGUGCAGGCGGCCCGGGACAUGUACUACGCCCACAAGCUUUUGGAAAUCGAGACGAGAGCCCGCAGCGGCCGCAACUGGAAGGACUUCUUCACCGUUCGUAGAAACAGGCGCGCUGCGCUGUCUUCGUAUUUUGUCAUGUUUAUGCAACAGUUCUGUGGCAUCAACGCCAUGAUGUACUACUCCACAAACAUCUUCGAAACAUCCGGCUUCGACCGCUCAACAGCCCUCCUCACCUCAAUGGGAAUGGGCCUCAUCAACUGGCUCUUCGCCCUCCCAGCCUUCUACACAAUCGACACCUUUGGCCGCCGCAAUCUCUUGCUAGUGACCUUCCCCCUGAUGUCCCUCUGCCUCUUCUUCACAGGCUUCUCCUUCUUCAUCCCCGAGGGGACAGGCCGCCUCGCCUGCGUCGCGACGGGGAUAUACCUCUUCGCAGCAGUCUACUCCCCCGGCGCGGGCCCCGUCCCCUUCACCUACAGCGCGGAAGCCUUCCCCCUACACAUCCGCGACAUCGGCAUGUCCUCCGCCACGGCGGUGACGUGGGGCUUCAACUUCAUCAUCAGCUUCACCUGGCCGCAGAUGAUUUCUUCGUUUGGGGUGACGGGCGCGUUCGUGUGGUACGCGUGCUGGAACCUCGUCGGGUUUGUGGUGGCGUACUUCUUCCUGCCAGAGACGAAGGGCCUGACGCUCGAGGAGCUCGACAGCGUGUUUGAUGUAAAGAGUCGCGACCACGCUGGGUACUAUGCUUCCAAGAUGCCGUGGUAUGCGAAGAAGUAUGUCUUGCGCCGGGAUGUUGAGCCGUUUCCUGCGUUGUAUGAGUUGGACGGGGAUGAUGAGCCCGGGUAUCAUGAGGGAGGAGGAGGGCGCAAGGCUACUGUCCAUCAUGAUGAGACGGGCCUUGUUGCGGGACAAUCUGCUGAGAAGCAGGUGCCGUAG